GUGUCCCGGGCGGAGCGCGCGGCUGGCUGGGCGCUCGGGGGUGGCGGCUGCUCGGCGCCGCUGGAUGGGCAGAAGCGCUUCGGCCGCACGGGGGUCGCUGACUGUGGCAUCGUGACAGCCGCCGGCGGAGAUGGCGAAGGCCGAGAUCCCCGCGGCAGCCCCGCGGCUCUUCACGUGGGACGAGAUCCAGCUGCGAUCGGGCAGGGCGCCGGAGCGGUGGCUGGUGAUCGACAGGAAAGUCUACAACAUCAGCCAGUUCCACAAGCGGCACCCGGGGGGCUCCCGCGUGAUCAGCCACUAUGCGGGGCAGGACGCCACGGAUCCCUUCACAGCAUUCCACCUGGACAAGACUCUAGUAAGAAAGUACAUGAAGCCCUUGCUCAUUGGGGAGCUUGCAGCAGAUCAACCCAGCUUUGAACCCAGCAAAAAUAAACAGCAUGUAGAUGAUUUUCGUGAGCUCCGUGCUACCGUUGAGAAGAUGGGACUUCUGGAUCCCAACCGCCUCUUUUUCUUCCUGUACCUCAUGCACAUCUUGUUGCUGGAUGUGGCAGCUUGGCUCAACCUCUGGUACUUUGGACCAUCCUUGGUGCCUUUCCUCUUCUCUGGAUUGCUGCUUGGCACUGUACAGGCACAAGCUGGCUGGCUGCAGCAUGAUUUGGGACACCUUUCGGUCUUUGGCAAAUCUAAGUGGAACCACUGGGUUCACAAAUUUGUGAUUGGACACCUGAAGGGGGCACCAGCUAGCUGGUGGAAUCACUGGCAUUUCCAGCACCAUGCUAAACCUAACUGUUUCCGCAAGGACCCUGAUCUCAAUAUGCAUCCUUUGCUUUUUGCACUGGGAAAGAAACUCUCUGUAGAGCUUGGUGUAAAGAAAAAGAAGUACAUGCCUUAUAAUCACCAGCAUAAAUACUUCUUUAUCCUUGGACCACCAGCUCUGGUGCCUUUCUACCUGCAGUGGUACAUCUUCUAUUUUGUUGUCCAGCGCAAACAAUGGGCGGAUCUGGCCUGGAUGGUGACUUUCUACAUCCGUUUCUUUUUGACUUACUCAUACCUACUGGAACUGAAGGGUCUCCUUGGUCUCUUCUUUCUGCUCAGAUUUAUAGAGAGUCACUGGUUUGUCUGGGUGACACAAAUGAACCCACAUCCAAUGAACAUUGAUUAUGACAAGAAUGUGGACUGGCUUUCAACCCAGCUCCAGGCAACAUGCAACGUAGACCAGUCCCUGUUCAACGACUGGUUCAGUGGGCAUCUCAACUUCCAAAUUGAGCACCACCUUUUCCCCACCAUGCCUCGACACAACUUCCACAAGGUGACCCCCUUGGUGAAGUCCCUAUGCGCAAAGCACGGCAUCGAGUACCAGUCCAAGCCUCUGCUCACAGCCUUUGCAGACAUUGUACAGUAAGUAUCAGUGAAUGUG